CAUUGUGCCCUUUUUUGAACAUGAGUUGAAACAAAAGAUAAUCAUGGAAAAUAAUCACAUGCAGCAGGAUUUACUGUAAAAGUAACUGACAGAGUAUUCUGCUUGUUUUCCUUUUUGCCAGAGCCUGAGCAGUACAACAAUGUGCUCAUGCCCAGCAUCUUUGGUGUCAUCUGUUUCUUUGGGAUCUUUGGUAACUGUAUUGUAAUCUACACCAUUGUGAAGAAGACUAAGUUCUGCUCCCAGCAAACAGUACCAGACAUAUUUAUCUUCAGUUUGUCCAUCGCAGACCUCCUCUUCCUCCUCGGCAUGCCUUUUCUCAUUCACCAGCUCGUGGGCAAUGGCUCCUGGUGCUUUGGUGCCACCAUGUGCACUGUCAUCACAGCACUAGAUUCCAACAGCCAGAUCGUCAGUACAUACAUCCUGACUGUAAUGACUCUGGAUCGCUACCUGGCCACUGUCCAUCCCAUCCGCUUCAAAAACAUACGAACUCCCUUGGUGGCCGGGGCAGCAGUAGCUCUGGUGUGGGUGUUUUCUCUGAUCUCCAUCACUCCAGUCUGGAUGUACACAGGACUCAUGCGCCUCAAGGACGGCUCAGUCGGCUGUGCCCUCCUGCUGCCCAACCCGGCCACAGACACCUACUGGUUCACCCUCUACCAGUUCUUCUUGGCCUUUGCUCUGCCUUGGGUGGUCAUCUGCGGGGUCUUCUUCAAGAUUCUCCAAAACAUGUCAGCUACAGUUGCCCCGCUGCCCCAGCGCAGCCUGAGGGUGCGAACAAGAAAGGUGACCCGUAUGGCAGUGGCCAUAUGCCUAGCAUUCUUCACUUGCUGGGCCCCCUACUACAUCUUGCAGCUGGCCCACCUUGGGGUACAGCGGCCCAGCUUUGCUUUCCUGUAUGCCUACAACAUUGCUAUCAGCAUGGGCUACGCCAACAGCUGCAUUAACCCAUUUAUCUACAUUGUAUUAAGUGAAACAUUUAAGAGGCAGUUCAUUGAAGCCAUUCGGCCACCCCACAGGGGUUUCAGAGUUACCCCUGCUCUGGUUGACGGCAGCAUGAGUCUGAGGAUGGCACCGGACAGCUCUCAUCACUUGCAGUCAUCAAGGGAUUUACUUCAAAACAUGCUGCCUGUCACUGUGGCUGUGCACUGAGAUGGGCAUUCAACUGGUCAUCUAUGAACACAGCCAGCUGCCACUUGCCACCACUUACGGCUGUUAUUCCCUCAGCAAACACUACAUGAAGACAAAAUUAAUAAGUGGUGAGAAUUCAAUGCAUGUUCAAUGUGAGUCACCCUUUUACCAAAAUGAGAAAAAAAAAGUAAUAGAUGAAAAUGUUAUCUGGUCAAUGUGAUUUUUAGACUUGGUAAAUUUGACAACCUUCAACAAUGGAAACAAACAAAAUGCUAAUUAUCACGAAAACAUAAUGAGUGACUGAAAGCCUGGUUAGCAACUUCAUUAAUCAUUGCUGUACCUCUGAAGAAUUUUCUCUAACAAUGUCUCAUUUAAAAACUGAGCUAAAAAUAUAUUUUUUUGUAUCAAAUACAAUAAACGUAAGGGCUACAAACUAACAAUAAGUUUUAGUCCACCAUAUUAUUUCUGCCAUGCAAAAUAACAUUAAUCACAUGGUUCAGCCAUCGGUUCAGUAAACCUUGGUUCUGCACCUCAACAUUUUAUGAUUUGAAAUAUCAUUUAUAAAUAGUUGUGCAUCAACGGUAUGAUGGAAUCCAUCUGUUAAGCAUCAUAUUCAUACUGCCGUUUGUCACAUUUUAAAUGUUGUAAUCUAUAUUGUGGCAGAAAAACGGUUUGAUGUGUCGUUGCAUGAUUUUUGUGAAUGAGAAUUUUAUUGAGCAGUGGAGCACUAUUAAAGCAGUGUAUAUAGUAAAGACAGUGUGGAACAAAAUAACAUUAUACUGUAUGUAUCUGACUGUUUGGUUUGUAAUGCUGUGAUGCAGUUGUUGCUGUGUGUUUCAACAGUUUGAUUUUAACCAUAGGAGACACAGGAUGUCUUUCCAAUGCUUGAAAUGGAAGGACUUGUCUCAUGAAAUGUAUCAUUGAUAAUUGUCUAUCUUUGGAGGGUCCUGUUUCCUUUGGAAGGUUAAAAUAUUAUUUGCUUUUGCAACCUCUCUUUUCAAACAUUUUCUUGUAACUAUUUAAAGAGAAGUACCAACAAACUGUUGAAUUUAAUUAAAAUAUCUCAAUAAAUUGGUAUGCAAGGAGGGUGAAAGCAGCACCGUUGUUGUUGGUUUUUUUUGGCUUUUCUUCACAGUGGAAAGAUUCAGCAUUACUGCUUAUCCAAAUGUCAAAUGGCAGGAAUCCAAGUAUCAACCUUUUUUUUUUAAAUCCCUUUUUUAAAUUGUUUUUCUAAAGUGGUCUGCAGUACACAGAUAACUCAAACAAACAAAAGGACUUAAGGAAAAUAACU